ACAGGGAGCUGGGGAUUGAGUGUCAUAAUCGCGGUUGUCACAUAUUUAAUCACUGACUUUACUGCUCAUCUUUGGAUUGUUCAAUCACACCCAGGCGACUUUCCUCCAUCGCUUUCUCUCCUUUUAUUUUGCGCAUUUUGUUGACGCGCAGCCACAGGUUGGCAUAUUUUAAUCCAGUGGAUUAUUCCUCCUCAUCAUCUUCUCCCAGAGCCUGGAUGGAAAUGGGAACCGUCGAUACAUCUGCGAUGAACGGUUUGGGGGGAACAAAGUGAACAUUCAAAGUAAGGAGGAGGAGAGAGGAGGCAUCCGUUUAUUGAAACGACGCGCAAAUUGUGUUUUUCUCUUUUUGUGACGCGAGGACCUGUGGAGGAGCUGAAAGGAGACGAAAGGUGGAGAAAAAAAAAUAGAUUAAGGGAUGGCAGUGACAACAUGAGAAAGAAAAAGUGUGGUGGUCUUGUUUUUCUACCAGCCACUGACUGAACGCACCUAACCUGGGGGGCAAGGAUCGUGGGAGAAGAGGUCGGAGACAGGUGCGUGUCCACAGCCUUUCUGACUAUGGAGCCUCCCCCUUCCCUGAGCUUGGCUCUGCUAGGGGGGAGUGAGGAUGAGGACCAGCGCUUCCUCCUUCCCCUAGGCAGCAUAUCCCAUCCCUCCACGGCUGGCAACAUGCCAGGCUCAAACCACUCCAACCACACAGGAGCUUCAAGUAUCGAUCGUCUGAAUGGCAGCACCCCAUCGCCAUCCUCUACCACACCCAACUUGCCUCCGGCAUCCCUCCCCAAGUUGCCGCUGUCCUCCCCUGGAGCUCAACCUCUUCCCCCGCCCAUCCCUAAUGCUCUGCACCCCACCAGUACUCCCCUUUCAUCCUGUUUGGGUUCCCAGCACAGCCUAAGUGGAGACAACUCCCCUGUCUACAAUGCCUUCUUUUACUCCUCCCACUCCCCCUCCAUGGAGCGAGAGAGGGACAGAGACCGUGACAGGGAGAGAGACAGGGGCAGCAAACACAGACAGGCCAGUCCUCUUGUCCACCGCAGGGACAGCAACCCCUUCACGGAGAUUGCCAUGAGUUCUUGUAAGUACACAGGCGGGGUCAUGAAGCCCCUGAGUCGGCUCAGCGCCUCCAGGAGAAACCUCAUUGAAUCAGACAGCAGCAGCGAAACCAAAGAGGGUGGCGUUUCAGUUGUUGCAGGGGCAUCGGCUGCUGCCGGACAUGACAGACAGCGAGAAGCCCCUCCGACCUACUCAGAGACCCAGUCAUCAACUCAUCCACCCCCCAUCCAGAGCCCCCCAGAGAUUGUGAUCUCUUCUAAAGAAGACUCCCCGUACCCCAGAAGAGGUUAUGACAACACUGACUCCAUGUCCAACCAAAUGUCCAUCUACCACCAGAACCAUGCGCUGGUGGAGAGCAGGCGGGGACAGUCUGAGCGGGGCAGCAGGCAGGUAGGGGUCACUGCAGCGGGCUCCGGGGCCAGAGGCAGCACCUCCAAGGCCCCUAAGAGAAAGAACCAAAACAUUGGCUAUAAGCUGGGUCAUCGCAGGGCACUGUUCGAGAAGAGGAAGAGGCUGAGCGACUACGCCCUCAUCUUCGGGAUGUUUGGCAUCGUGGUCAUGGUGAUUGAGACUGAGCUUUCGUGGGGGGUGUACAACAAGAGCUCCAUGUAUUCUCUGGCCCUGAAGUGUCUGAUCAGCCUGUCCACAGUCAUCCUGCUGGGCCUCAUCAUAGCCUACCAUGCACGUGAGGUUCAGCUAUUCGUCAUAGACAACGGAGCAGACGACUGGCGCAUUGCCAUGACCAUGGAGAGGGUUCUGCUGAUUGCCCUGGAGCUGCUGGUGUCUGCAGUGCACCCUGUGCCAGGGGACUUUAAGUUCCACUGGCGGGCACGGCUGGCCUUCUCAUAUACGCCUUCACAUGCCGAGGCUGACCUGGACAUGGUGCUGAGCGUGCCCAUGUUCCUGCGCCUCUACCUCAUCGCCAGAGUCAUGCUUCUGCACAGCAAACUCUUCACUGAUGCCUCCUCUAGGAGUAUAGGUGCCCUAAAUAAGGUCCAUUUUAACACAAGGUUUGUAAUGAAAACCCUCAUGACCAUCUGCCCCGGGACGGUGCUGCUGGUCUUCAGCAUUUCCCUUUGGAUCAUCGCUGCCUGGACUGUACGAGUGUGUGAGAGGUACCAUGAUGCCCAGGAUGUGACCAGUAACUUCUUGGGAGCAAUGUGGCUCAUCUCUAUCACUUUUCUUUCCAUCGGCUAUGGAGACAUGGUCCCUCACACCUACUGUGGCAAAGGAGUCUGUCUGCUCACAGGCAUCAUGGGUGCUGGAUGCACAGCUCUGGUGGUUGCUGUGGUAGCCAGGAAGUUGGAGCUGACCAAGGCUGAGAAACAUGUGCACAACUUCAUGAUGGACACGCAGCUCACCAAGAGGAUAAAGAACGCUGCAGCUAAUGUGCUGAGGGAGACUUGGCUCAUCUACAAACACACCAAGUUGAUGAAGAAGAUCGACCACUCCAGGGUUCGCAAACAUCAGCGGAAGUUCCUGCAGGCCAUACAUCAAUUACGCAGUGUCAAAAUGGAGCAGAGAAAACUCAGUGAUCAGGCCAACACACUAGUAGAUCUCUCCAAGAUGCAGAGUGUCAUGUAUGAGCUCAUGUCAGAGCUCAACGACCGCAGCGAGGACUUGGAGCGACAGAUGCUGUCCCUGGAGCAGCGGGUGGAGCAGCUCACGGCAGGCUUCAACGCCCUGCCUGCACACCUCUCCGCGACCCUCAGUGCCCAGCAUGCCGCCCUGGUUCACCUGCUCCGAGACAGGGACGCACGUGAUGGUAGAGGAGGAGGAUCAGGAGGAGGAGGCGCUGUCGUUCCUCUGUCACCAACUGCCUCCUUAAGCAACGCAGCAGUUUCAGUCUCCCCAAUCCAGGUUGCAGCUCCUCCAUCAACCUUAGCACAGAUCUCUAGUUUAUCCUUGGAGAGCCCACUGUCACCCCCACCUGUGAGCCCAGAAGUCAGCCUGGAGGCUACUCCCAAUCCCAAUACUUGCAGCUCAAGCUGCUGAGUACCACUCUCAGGAGAAGAGGGGAACAGAUAUGGAAGCUGCACGCAGAGAAGGAAAGACGAGAGGCUCUGAUAAUCCUCUCAUAUAAGACUGAAGGAGCAAAAUGAAAACAGAGGAGAUACAUUUUUUAAGAUCCUCUGAAACAUUUGUGCCAUGACAACAGUACACAGCAAAUUUGGAAGUGUUAAUUCAACUCCUAGGGAGUUAAAUUCAACACUUUUAAAGUGUCUAUACUGGUCCACACUAGAUCAAGUUAAAAUAACACUUUUGAAAGUGUUAGACAGUUAACACUGUGACAGAGUUGGAACACUCUUAAUAGUUUUAAUUCAACACUUAUCAGGAUGGAAUUUAUCUAAAACUUGUGUGUAGAGUCAAAAGUCAACUAGUGUUGAGUUUAGACUCUACCUGCUAAUGUUGAUCAUUAAUGGUGGUCAGCUAUAUUGUAACAACAGCUGCCCACACUGGCAGAAGCAAGGCUGCCGCCAAGCUCUGCCCAUCAGAAGGCAGUGUGGGUGAAGUGUCUUCCCCAAGGACACAUAAACUGAGACGGAGAAAGCUGGGAUUCGAAUUAGCGAGCCUGUGGUUGCAAGAUUAACUUCUGCAUACUCAAUGCCACAAUUCCGAAGUCCACUACUGUUGUCAUCAGCGCAUGUAUUUUAAGAGUUUACGGAUAGGUUUGAACUUUGGGAAAAAAGCUCUGUUUAGUGUUGAUUCUGAAAUCAACACUGAACAGAGUGGUUUGAAUUUAACUCCACGGAUUAACACCAACUCUUUGUUAGGAAGUAACUCUUGGAUAGUUGAAUGAAAACUAACACAGGAAAUUUUACACAUUUGAUUUUGUUGUGUACAGAGAGGAGAAUUAAUGGGACUUGGAUGAUUGGGCCAGUUUGAGGAAUGAGACGUAUUCAGGACUUUUUUGAAAAUGGAACGAAAAGAAAAAUGGAGACUCUAAAAAGGUGAGAGGGGGAGGAAGGAUAUCAAAGGGGUGAGACAUGGAGGUGAAGAGAAUGACGGGGUGGAGGGAGGACAGAAGGGGAGAAAUAACCAAGAAUAAUUAUAUGAACUCCUAAAUGGAAUCAACUCCAAUUACGGCAAAGGGCCUUUUAUUCUCUCUAUCUCCUUCUCUCCCUUUUCCUUACUCUUCUCUGAAUCUCUCACUCCCUUCGUCAGGAAUUAAUGACCAUGACUUUUUAUCUUUAUGAUGUAUUUUCUAUCUGAAUGCUUAUCAUGUGUUAACGAGCAUCCCUUUAACAGAAGGUUCGAUCAAUACGACCACAAUACUAAAGCAGAACAAAAAAAAAAAAACUAGCAGCAUGCACCACACACAGUACAAGGUAACACAGCACAGAUUUACACAGUGUCUCAUAAUGUACUACCAGUCCAUGGUAAUUCUAAAGCCUAUACUGCCAAGCACUCAAUGCACUGUUUAUCUCCAUUCAGCACUGCCAAGCAAUGUCAACACAGAGUUAAAAAAAUAAUUUAAUCUAAAAUGAUCCAUCUAAGGAAACACAGUAGGUUAGAUUCACUACAUGCAUAGUUUUGACAUUUUAACUGCUCGGCUGGGAGAACUGUAACCGGUCACUGAGCCGCACCAAUUACAGGCGGAGCUGAAAUAAACAGAGAGAGACGUUAGUCAUCAUGGAGUCUAUUUAUGAUGCUUGAGACAGUGGCAGAUGGUUAAAUGAGA